CCCAAGGGCGGGGCCGGUGGGCUAGUUUGUAUUUUUUCAGGUGGAAUCUGUGGUCUGGUUUGUGUAAAGCAGGAGGAGGAUAUCGGAAGACGCGAAAAUCCAUUGCACGAUUUGUAGUGCCUCUGCCAGAGCCAUAAGCUUGAGCAAAGAGUGUGAAAUGGAGAAAGAAGAGAUAGGGAAGGUCAAGGAGAAGGAGAAGCUGUGCAAGAGGUGCAAACAGUCUUUUACCUCCUCUUCUAACGCCUCCUCUGCUUGCCGCUUCCAUCCUUCCUUCUUUGUCUGUCGCCGUCACGAUGACCAGAAAAGGUACUAUGAAUUGGGACCUGAUGAUCCACCAUAUGCUGCCAAAUUUUAUGACUGUUGUGGGGCUGAGUAUCCUGAGGCGCCUGGCUGCACCACCAGUUUUCAUGUUUCAUAUGAUGACUGAUGUUGAUGUGCAAGUGAAAGACUAUUCAUGAAACUGUGAGAUCCUUUUGAUGAGACGCAUUCUGGCUUCCUGUGACCUGAGCUAUAUCAUUGCAGAAGGUUUGCAUUUAUAGAGAAAAAGGAAAGGAUUGUAAGAGGUAUGGACGAGAAAACAAAGGGCAAGAACACCAGUGGUAAUUGGAUACUGAAAUGAGUUGCCUACCUACCUACUUUUCGAGUCUAAAGCAUGUUAAUGGGAUUCGAUGCUACUAAUGAUGUAGCAUCUAAUGAUGAAGUUCUUCUCGAGUAUUUUGCUCUGGGACAACCUUAUUACUUUCUCUGUUUUCAUGUAGUUGGUCUCUUUUGCUCUCUAAUAAAUGCUCGAAAGUGACAAAAAAGGCCAAAAAAAAAAAAAGCCUCCAUGCUCUGUCUUUAUAGUUGAAACAUAUGAACCCAGAAUCUACUUGUGGAUAUGAACCCAGAAUCUA